UAUUUAGUUUAACUGGAUCUAAAAGUGACUUUUUGUUUACUCAUACUGUAAAUAUAUUUCUAGAAAAAUAAAUGGAUCUAAUGCCUAGUCAGGACACCAGUGAUUAAAGUAGUGAUAUUUACAAGUUAUCACAUCACCUAUAUUGCUUAAUCACAUGGCUUUGUUAAUUUUUUUUUUGACAUAUGAUGUUACAUAACCUGUGAAUAUUAGCAACUAUAGUUCAGUAUUUAUCACGAUAGGAAUUCAGCACCUCAUUAAGAAUAUAUCAAACAAGGAGAAAGCUGUCUCUUUCUGAAAGAAAAGGGAAUGAAACAGAAGACGAAACAAUACUCGCAGGGGCAUAAUAUGUAUCCAAGACUGAGGGAUCAAGAGACAGAUAUUGAUGCAGUCAGAAAAUAGAUGUAAGAAAGGAAAAAAACUGUUCGAGAGAAUAUUUGAUGAAGAUUGUGAAAAGAAAAUAUAGAUGCAAAAAUAAACGUUCAUGAUGUGCCUGUUGAAGGAGUAUGUUUCCAAGCUUAAUGGAAGAAUAAAAGACUUCUUUUGACAAUUCCAGUUGACGUACUCUACCAGCCCGUAGAUGCCGUCUUCCACGGUUGCCACGAUCAACGCCAGGACUGCCAGGAUGAAGGCAUCCGAAUCCUCUCGGAGCCCGACUGAUAUCAUCAACAUAAUGGAGUCGACUACGAUCAAGGCUCAAUUGAUCAUAGGAUCUGUGACGGGCGCCCUCUCUGGGUUUCUGGGCAAGGUGGCGGGGAAAGGCUGGGCGAUGGCUAUAGGAAUCGGCUUGGUGGCGUUCAGGUUGGCGGGCCACGUCACCAACAGACCUUCAAUUCCUUCUUGCUUCUGUGCAAUCCCCAACCCGGAGGAUAUGAACAUUAUCGAACGCUUCGUAAACGAGACUGUCCUCUUCUUUAACAGUAAUCUCUUCCUCGCUCUUGGGUACAUUGGAGGAUUCAUAGUGGCCUUCCAAGUGGCGGGGCCUUCAGAUGGUUGAAGAAGAGGGUGAUAAUAGCCAAUAUAUGUAUUAUGAAUAUGUUUAUUUGGUAAAUAUACGUUUUAAAAGUAUAACAUUGUGUAGUAACAAUAAUAAUAAAUAUAUUUAUUGAAAAAUUUUACAAAUU